AUGGCGGAUUCAAUGCCACAUCUCACGUACGACGGCGCCGUUACUCUGUCAAGUGAAGUGAACAACCCAGGUAUAGGGCAGCUUCAGAGGUCAUGUUAUGACUUUUAUCCCAACCCAGCAACAACUCCUGCACUUCCGAGACACAGUAUGGAGUACCUAUUCAGAGUCAUGAAAACAUGGCCACGAAUGAUAGCCCGCGGUUUUCAAUUGCCUCCAAUCUUUCAUCACUCACAAACAACAAGUUGCGAUGCCCCACAACCUCUAGCAAAGUGUUUUAUGCUCACAAAGAUGUGGUAUAAUGAGAACCAAGCCUCACCUGAAAUGAUUCGGACCGCAGUCUUGGCUGAGAUGGAAAUCAUCUUCAAUACCUACUGCAUCAUGGACCAGGAAACCCUCUCAGCCAGUGUACAAGCCUUGGUCAUCUACCUACUCCUACUUAUGUUCCCAACAACGAAGACAACAUCUGAGGUUUCUUUCCUAGACCCUUAUAUAUUUGUCAAAAUAACGAACAUUGCCUAUUAUCUAGCAAUCAAUGGGCUUAUCCUCACUGAAGAACGAAAGCACACUAUGCCAAAAUGGGAGGAUUGGAUCAACGUCAACAUGAAGAGGCGCGCGGCGCUUUCUAUUUACCUGCUCAAUUGGUGUUACUCGGUGUAUCAUUGUCUUCCUGCAAUCGCCUGCGAUGAACUUGCUUUCUUACCUGCGCCAACCGCCAAAGUGCUUUGGCAGGCGAGGAGCGAAGAGGAAUGGCGGUUCCUUUAUGCGAGGUGGUUGAAGAAUUGGGAUCGUUGUGGUUAUUUGCAAGGUGAAUUUCUUCUAAUUGAGCAGGGUAUCCAAAUGGAUGAAAGAAGUGAGAUGUGGCUUGAGGAGACCGAUGAGCUUGGGAUCAUGUUUAUGGGAAUACUAAACGCUGUGGAGCGGGAGCCUGAAUUUUCGGAAAAAGUAAAUAUCAGAUGA